AUGGUGCCAGGAAUAGUGCCAGGAAUGGUGCCAUGGUGCCAGGAACGGGGCCAUGGUGCCGGGAAUGGUGCCAUGGUGCCAGGAAUGGUGCCAUGGUGCCAGGAAUGGGGCCAGGAAUGGGGCCAUGGUGCCAGGAAUGGGGCCAUGGUGCCAGGAAUGGUGCCAGGAAUGGUGCCAUGGUGCCAUGGGGCCAGAAAUGGGGGCCAUGGUGCCAGGAAUGGUGCCAUGGUGUCAGGAAUGUGCCAUGGUGCCAGGAAUGGGGCCAGGAAUGGGGCCAUGGUGCCAGGAAUGGGGCCAUGGUGCCAGGAAUGGUGCCAUGGUGCCAGGAAUAGUGCCAGGAAUGGUGCCAUGGUGCCAGGAAUGGUGCCAUGGUGCCAGGAAUGGGGCCAUGGUGCCGGGAAUGGUGCCAUGGUGCCAGGAAUGGUGCCAUGGUGCCAGGGAUGGGGCCAUGGUGCCAGGAAUGGUGCCAUGGUGCCAGGAAUGGGGCCAUGGUGCCAGGAAUGGGGCCAUGGUGCCAGGAAUGGUGCCAUGGUGCCAGGAAUGGGGCCAUGGUGCCAGGAAUGGUGCCAUGGUGCCAGGAAUGGUGCCAUGGUGCCAUGGGGCCAGAAAUGGGGGCCAUGGUGCCAGGAAUGGUGCCAUGGUGUCAGGAAUUGUGCCAUGGUGCCAGGAAUGGUGCCACGAUGCCAGGAAUGGGGCCAUGGUGCCAGGAAUGGGGCCAUGGUGCCAGGAAUGGUACCAUGGUUCCAGGAAUGGUGCCAUGGUGCCAGGAAUGUGGCCAUGGUGCCAGGAAUGGGGCCAUGGUUCCAGGAAUGGGGCCAUGGUGCCAGGAAUGGUGCCAGGAAUGUGGCCAUGGUGCCAGGAAUAGUGCCAUGGUCCCAAGAAUGGUGCCAUGGUGCCAGGAAUGGGACCAUGGUGCCAGGAAAGGGGCCAUGA